UUUAUUUUUGCAACACUCACUAUGUAUUUAUAAAACGAACAAGAAUUCCUUAUGCCAGCAGUACACUCUCGUCGAGACUCUUAUCGAGACGAGUGCUAACCGCUUACUUCAAAGUUCGGAUCGUCUCGCCUCGGCUCGACGAGAGUAUGUCGUUGGUACGACAAGCUACGAAGAGGUGGUGUGUCACUGUUUCUCAAAUUUUUUAUUUCAUCCCUUUUCCCGCUCGGUUCCUCUGUCUCUCGUUGUCCUAUUUACAUAUUUGUCGCUCAUUUCGUGAUCUUGAAAAGAUCCGGGACGAUUCAAUUAUCGAGAUGCUUACAUUGUAAAGUUACGAACGGCAAGAAUUAUGUUUCUCGAGCCGCGCGAAUAUACACCUCCGCCCCUUCUCUCCCCCCUCACCCCGACCUAGCAUCAUCUCAUAGGAAAAACUAGCCAUUGAAAAGGGCUCAUCUUUCAAGUAUUCAUCCGCUAUUACUCCCCUAGUUUCCUUGUCCCACCUUACGUUGUUCUAUUUGUAUUUAUCAUCGAUCAUCGUAAUUGUAAAUUAUAAUUAUUAUUAUAAACGUUUACACGAAAUAAUAAAUUCUGAUAAAAUGUCUCAGAAAAACAAAAGCAAGACCUCGAUUAUCCUGCUCUGCAGUAUCGUCAGGUUCUGGAAUGGCAAUAUGUAUAAUGGAUUUUAUUCUAUGUUCGGUAAUUGCAAAGAAACAUAUAAAUGUAGCGCUUGCAAUAUUUUCAACAAUAUUCAAAAGCAGGAAGUUUCAGUUAAUUUCGAAAGCUAGGUAGGAGAACUUAAGCACAAUGUUCCUAUAUGAUAAGAAUUCUCUUCGUAACGAUUAAUAUUACUGUCGUCGCCAUACGUCAUCACAUAUUACUAUUAUUAUUAUCAUCAUCAUCAUCAUCAUCGUCAUCCUCAUCAUCAUCAUUAUUAUGAUUAUUAAUAUUAUUAUUACUAUUAUUAUUAUUAUUAUUAUUAUUAUUAUUAUUAUUAUUAUUAUUAUUAUUAUUACUGGUUUCGUACGCGCUGACUUCAUCGUAAAUAUACAUAAAGUAUAUCUUCGGUAUUGUUGAUCCAAGAUUCGUAUAGAUAUUGACGAGAGUUAGAAGAUAUAGGUAAGAUAUUAGGUUCAAUUGGAUUGUGAAGCGGAAACCGUUUGAUAUAUCAUUCUCGACACUAAUUUGAACGAAUAAAAAAAGAGUACAGAAUUGGUGGGUAUCGAUUUUAAGAUAACACAGGUCACCAAAUAAUCACCUUAACUUAAGCAAACCAAAAAGAAGAAGGGAAUCUGAAGUUAAGGUAAAAAAACCUAACGUUUUGGUAUUAUACGCGUAUACAAGCUAAAGUUGAAUUUAAGAAAACGUAGCUAUUGAACAGUACCGCGAUGUCUUUGUACAUCUUGUUAACUUUCAAAGUUUAUACGAAAAUGUGUACGUUUGUAUAUUCGCCUACGAAAAAUACAGUAAACCUAGUUGGCUUUUAUUAAGUGACCGACAAGUAGAUUCUUGUAUGUACGUAUGUAUAUGCAUCGUCGUACAUUACAACGUGUUUAUCUGUACGUAGAAACUUCUCCUCGCUACUGUCCCAUGGUAGAAUUAGACUAUACACUUCUGCGUAAUAUUCACGUGCCUUUCCGAACACGAAGAAGUACAAGAAAAAGACUGUUCAAUUUCCCAUGUUGUCUGUGGUUCUCACUUCUCGUUUCUGUUUCAUUCAGUCUUUUCGUUAUUUUGUUUACAAACGCGACCGAUUCUGUCCGCUCGAACCGCACGCGCAACUGAUUACUGUUCAGACCUUGGCCCAAUUACCGCAAACCAAAGACCGAUACCGGUUUCAUCGAUCGAAGAAUGAACAUCAUCAUCAUCAGUUUGCAAUUAAAGCGACGAAGAGAAUCAGAUGAUCACUUUCUACGGAAAAUAGGACGAUGGGUUUUCUGAGAAUUGGGAAGUAAGUAUACGAGGUGAACGACACGUACGUCUUAACGUGAGACUUCGUUUCGCAAAAGUUUAAUACACGCAGUGUAAAGUGGAGUUACGCGAUUACUGACUGAAAGUGAUGCGCAUUUUAUUCAAGGUGAUUAUUUUUUCUGUAAACGAAGUUCGCAAUGAGUCACUCGAUCUCACACAGACUGACGCCAUCACGAGUGAACAUUUUUUACGAAGAAGUGCUGAUGAAAUUUCGGCUUAGUCGAACUACUUCGAGCCUCGUCAUUCGAAAUAACUCCACUAAAAAUAAGAGCUACUAGUCGUAGAACAGCGUUCAUAGAGAAAACUUAAAAGUACCAUCAUUUACGACGUUCGAAGAGAAUUUUCAAGAUUAUUAGUAAAACAAAUUGCAUGAACUAUCAAUAAGGGUCAAUAACUAUCGAACGGGAAACUGUACUACCGUCGCGUCUUAUGUUAAAUUGAUACGAAGAGCACGUCGAGAUUUCUCCGGCUGAGAAAAAACGUGAGAUAAUGCACGGACACAGGCUUUAAAAGAUGUAGAAUUUUCAACGGUUACUGAGAAUCGGACAGUGCAUUAAACGCAUUCACCUGCGGCAUAUUUUACAUUCCUACAUAUCGUUAUUGGCCGUCGUAAGCGCGUGUAAUGUGUAUCACUAACACCAUCUACGGCCGUUUCCUAAAUUUAAUUCCAUACAGAGUGGGGUGCAGGGAGCCUAAGCGAUAUUACUGGUGGGGGUUUCGUGCAGAAGCACACGUAAAGGUCACCUUCAGCUUUAGUCAGGCUCAAGACGCGAACGCCGAGUCUGACAACGACUCAGAGUCCGCCGCGUAUUCUCUCGUUAAUUCGAAACCUGUGAAGGAAAAUCAUCCCCCUUCGGAUUUUCAUCGCGACUGGGUAAACACUUGUUCGAAAAGAAGCUUUUACCCUGGAAGUAUGGCAGAGGAGAUAGCCCAGAGGUUUAUAAAACCUGGUAGUCACAAAGGUAAAGGCCUCGCGGUCUUCACCAGUGGAGGUGACUCUCAAGGAAUGAACGCGGCUGUUCGUGCAGUUGUUAGAAUGGGUAUUUACCUAGGCUGCAAAGUGUUCUUCAUCAAAGAAGGCUAUCAAGGCAUGGUGGACGGUGAGAACAACAUUGUAGAAGCUAACUGGUCUUCUGUAUCUUGUAUUAUUCAUAGAGGUGGUACAGUGAUAGGAUCGGCUCGAUGCACAGACUUCAGAGAACACGCUGGACGCAGGAAAGCUGCUAAGAAUCUGGUGACUCGUGGAAUAACGAAUUUGGUCGUGAUAGGCGGUGACGGUUCGCUUACUGGUGCGAAUUUGUUCAAAGAUGAGUGGCCCACACUUUUGAAAGAAUUGGUGGACGCAGGUGAAAUCACGCCGGAACAAGCGGACAAGUAUCAGCAUUUGCAUAUUGCUGGUUUGGUAGGUUCUAUCGAUAACGAUUUCUGUGGAACCGACAUGACUAUUGGUACAGAUUCCGCGUUGCAUCGGAUCAUCGAGAGUAUCGAUGCCAUCGUCAGCACCGCGUAUUCUCAUCAAAGAACAUUUAUCAUGGAAGUUAUGGGUCGUCAUUGUGGUUACCUGGCUCUAGUGGCAGCCAUAUGUAGUGAAGCUGAUUUUGUGUUCAUCCCAGAGUGGCCGCCUGAACAGGACUGGCCGAACAAGCUGUGCAAAAAAUUACUGCAGGAAAGACUUACUGGGCAACGGCUUAACAUUAUUAUUGUAGCGGAAGGCGCAAUAGAUAGAAAUGGUGAACCAAUUACCGCGGAGAAGGUUCAUAAGGUUGUCGUGGACAAAUUGCAACAAGAUACUAGGAUCACCGUUCUUGGCCAUGUACAAAGAGGUGGCAAUCCGUCAGCCUUUGACAGAGUUCUGGGUUGCCGAAUGGGAGCAGAAGCGGUAAUGGCAUUAAUGGAAGCUACACCGGACACCGAAGCGUGCGUCGUCACGUUAGACGGUAAUCAAGCAGUUAGACUACCCCUUAUGGAAUGCGUUCGUCGUACGAAAGCAGUGGCGCAAGCUAUGGCCGAUAAAAAUUGGGAUCUUGCUGUUCAACUUCGUGGAAAGGGAUUCACUCGUAAUUUGGAGACAUAUAAAAUGUUGACUCGCCUGAAAGCACCUGUGGACCACGAUCCUACCAAGGAAAGUAAUGGCCCCACAUUAACAAAGCAAUUCACUUUAUGCGGACAAGACCACUACACCUUAGGUGUGAUGCAUAUCGGUUCACCGUCUUGUGGUAUGAACGCAGCGGUGCGUUCGUUCGUCAGAAACUGUAUCUACCGAGGCGAUAAGGUUUAUGGUAUCUGUGACGGAGUACUUGGUCUUAUGGCCGGUAAAUUUAAGUUAAUGGACUGGCCCUCCGUCACUGGCUGGGUGGCUCAAGGUGGUGCUUACUUGGGAACGAAGCGUGCCCCACCCAGAGACGAUCAGUUACCUGCGAUCGCUGCGAAACUUAAAGAAUUUGGAAUCCAAGCUCUAUUGAUAAUAGGAGGAUUCGAGGGCUAUCAAACGGGACUUACUUUCUACAACGCCAGGAAACAGUUCGAAGAAUUUCGAAUUCCAAUAGCUAUGAUUCCGGCAACUAUCAGUAACAACGUUCCUGGUACCGAAUUCUCGUUAGGUUGCGACACCGCUUUAAACGAGAUCACAGAGAUUUGCGAUAGAAUCCGACAGUCUGCUCAGGGAACAAAACGUCGUGUAUUCAUCAUCGAGACCAUGGGUGGAUUCUGCGGUUACCUAGCCACGGUCGCGGGUCUGGCCGGAGGUGCUGACGCGGCGUACAUCUUUGAGGAGAAAUUCAACAUAAAAGAUUUGAAUCAAGACGUGAUCGCGAUGGCUGCGAAGAUGUCAGAGGGUGUACAAAGAGGCCUGAUCUUGAGAAAUGAAAAUGCCAACUUAAAUUACACCACCGACUUUAUGCAGAGACUCUUUAGCGAAGAAGGGAAGGGACUGUUCAGUUGUAGAAUGAAUAUCAUCGGUCAUAUGCAGCAAGGUGGAUCCCCUACUCCGUUCGAUCGGAACUUGGGAACGAAAAUGGGUUCGAAGGCAGUCGACUGGUUCAGCGAGCAGCUAAAAAAAUGUACCAACAGCGAUGGUAGGACAUCGACGAUGGACCCUGACAGUGCAGUGAUGAUCGGUAUCGUGCGGAGACAGUAUCGAUUCACACCUCUAAUGGAACUUGUAGAAGUUACGGACUUCGAUCAUCGCAUUCCGACGUAUCAAUGGUGGAUGAAACUGCGACCACUGCUCAAAGUCUUAGCGAAACACGAGUCGACGUAUGAAGAGGAAGGACUUUAUAUCACGGUAGAAGAGAUGGACCUCGACAGUGACCCGCCUCUCGUAUAAAAGUCAUUGACGAACAGAAGGGCUGGCUGAAAGGUAAUGUUCCAUAAAUAUGAUCUGUUAACUGUAGAUUUCGUUGAACAGUAUUGUAUGGCAUUGUAAUAAUCAUGUUCCGUUGAUACAUUUGUCAGAAACAAAACGAUCAAACUUAAGGACGGGGGGGGGAGGUGUUAGGGGGUACACGAUUGUGGAAUACAAUUCCGCGGGAUCUAAUGUAGGUAAAAUUUUUCUCGGCGAUUAUCACGAAGUCGCGAUGUAAACUAUAAACGAUUACCGUUUACACGGUCAGUAAUUUAAUUACGAGAACUUAUUACACGCAAUGUGAAUUAUCCUAAUAAAUAACAAAUUAUUAUAAACUACUGUCAUAAUCAUGAAUACAUGCAGACGAAUAUUUUAUUUAAAAGAUACUAAAUUUAUAUAUAGUAUAUAUUUUGAAUGAGAAAUUAAGCGAGAAGUAGGUAUAAAGGUGGUACCUGAACCGCGUGGAGGUAAGCUAUAUCCUAAUAACGUAAGAAAACGAAACAAGUAGAUAUAUGUAUAGCAAGAAAUCUGAUUGUCAGUGGCAUUUUCAUUAAUAACAACUGAAGAUUAUAUUGUUAUACCGAAUGGUGUUAAAUAUUUAUUGCCAUAUAUAUAUAUAUAUACAUACUAUAUAUAAAAAGUAAGCCGAAAAGAGAAAAAUUUAUCAAGCCAAUGUAUACAGCGUUUAAACGUUCUAGUAAAGGAACUAAUCAUAAUCGAGUUUAACGAUGAAGACGAGUGGGAAUAACGGCUAACGUUAAUCAAUCUCCCGACAUGACAUUCGAGCGCGAUAGCUUUCAAUCUUAGAAUCUUCCUAAUAAAUCUAAAAUCAUCAAUUCUGAAACUAAUCACGGUAAUCAUAUCGUAACUGUAUGAAUCGUGACAGGUGCAUGAUAUUUUCAAGCCCAGUUUUUUUUUCUAGUAGCUCUUAAAGGAAUUCGUUAGAAGAGGAAUGCUUUUAGAGAGCAUCGUACUCGACGAAUAGCAUAACUUUCGGUUACGACAUGAACUCAGAGAUCGACUAACUACUUUCACGACUGCAUUACUGUCCGCCAGUGAAUCUAUUAGGCUAUAUUCGUGGUCUACGCUAAGAUAUAAAAUUAAACAUAACGUGGCAUAAAUUUUCUUUAACGGAAUCUUAUAAUUUGGUUUAGCUUCGCCUAUAGCUAUGAAAAGCUAUUCGAAAAAUAUACUUGUCUACCUCAGAACAUAAUUUUGCAACGACGAACGACGCUUAGGGGAAACUGAAAACCUAAGUCGUAUUGGUUGCAUAUAACGUUACAAGGUCUCGCUAAGGUUUAAGGCUUAUGACUACGGGAGUACGUAGAUUUAAUUCGUGUUACUAUUAUACUCGUGGAUCCUCGUGUACUCUUCUUAACGAGUGUUAGAUUAGACUUUAACUCGCAUCUUUCCUUUCCGAGUUUUAGCAGAUUUCUUAAUAGAGUGAGUCGAUUCGUUUUUAAGGUUACGAAUGCGUGUCCUUAACGCGAACACAUGAGGAACGUGUAAAAAGAUUAUUUUCAAAAAACCGUUUGAUACGUCCAUCUAAUAUAGAUACAUCACGAACAUAAAACCGUAUGCCUAGUACAGCGUAAUAACGUAAAGUUUUAUCGUUAACUUAUAAGAAACGCUUAUGUAACUUGUUUAUUUAAAGGUCGUUGCUAUAGCUGAAAAUCGUUCAAUAAAAUAUGAAGACAAUGGACGAUGUUAACAAACGUGUAAACGAGAUAAAUGAAAUAUUGUCUGUAAAGAUAUAGAAUCCAGAGUUGCAAACUUUUUACAUACAUCAGAAAUUUAUUUCAUCAGCGAGAACAGAAUGUGAACUGUUUCAAAUUGUUAUCGAAUCGAACUAAGUCCGAAUGAAUUAAAUAUCGGACGAAAGAAACUAUGGAUAAUUGAACAGACAUCGAUUCGGCUUUGCAUAUAAGAGUAAAAUUAUUGUUUGUAAUAUUCUCUCCCUUGUAACCGCGAUACAGAGAAGUCGGUGCGUUGUACGGCUUCAUGCGGAAAUCUGAGGUUUGGUCGCGGGUGUGUUAAAGUAAAUGUACUAAUCGUGCUAAUACAAAAUACUUUACGUACAAUUACACAAGCGUUAAUGGCGUACUACAAACGAUCGAUGUAAUAAAGUAAUAUAUAAUAACAAAGUAUAUAACGUUGAAAGAGUAUUAUUUUUACGAUCGCAGAGAUAUAUUUUCGACUCAUUGUUGACCAAUGAACUUUACAAUUUUAUCUCUGGCAAAAUAUAGAUAUAAAAAAGAAAAUAUGUAUAUGCCUGUGUAUAUGAAAUCCAGAAAUUAUUUUGUUCCGAGAUGUUGAACGUGUAUUUUCUUUUUACCGUCGCAUAGUUGUUCGUAUAUUUAUUUAUCGAUAGGUAUUGAAAGUUUCACGAGACACACUUGUGGUAUGUAUGAAUACGCAACAUAAAUGGAUAAGAAUAUCGUGAUCACUAAAAAUGUACCUAAUACUAUCAAUAAAGUAUAUCUGACGAAUA